UAUUGAUUUUUUUUUUUCAACAGAGAUACCAAAAUUCCAUCGCACAAUCAAAACACUCGUCAUUUAUUUACGCGUAAACUCUAUCGAUUCGGAGAACAGUUAUCAUCCCAUUCAAAUGUAACUGCCAAUCGUCUUCCUUAUUUUUGCGACAAAAAUUCGGUGUGAAAAAUUAAUAUGAAAUCAAAGAGUGCAAUGAAAUCAAAUGCAUCAGACUCGGAUGAUACACUGAAGAUGUCCAAUCGAAAUACAUUGGCAUUUUGGAUCAUUGUGUGGCUCAUCAGUGUGUUGACCAUUGGCAAUUUAUUGCUCACCCUAACCAUUUUCGGUGUACUGAAAUUGGGCAAAGGCAUGGAAUAUUUGGAGUUGGUCCCCGAAAGUGGUGCAAUCAAAUUUUUUCAAUCGAUUGAUUUGGACAAAGUUUACAAGAAGGAUGGCAAAAUUGAGGGGUUCUACAACGUUCCCGUUGAUAUCACCGGUGAACGUUCGGAUGUCUUCAUCAAUAUGAUAAAGCCAACCAAUGGACAUCUGCACAACAAAAUACUGAUGAGCAAGAAUGGCACGCAUUUCGGUGGAAUAAAUGAGUUUGAGUUAAGGAGUCCAACAACAAAUGAGGCGAUUUUCUCAACGCACAAACCAACAUACAAUCUUCCAUCAGGCGCAAAUAAUCUCAUUGCGAAAGGUAUAAGUGCAAGCGCUAUUAAAUCGGCAAUAAACGAAGAGUUGGUCUUGAAUACAACGCAUCACAAGAAAGUCACAAAUAAAAUUUCGAUUCGUGGCAGUGAAGGUGUUAAGAUAAAUGGUGAAGAGUUGAUUUUGGAUGCAGAAAAUGUCUUCCUUACCGCACACAACGGCACCAUAUAUUUGAACAGCGAACAGGGCAUUCAAUUGGAUAUCAAACGAAUUCCAAUUAUUCAGGAGCGCAGCGGUCUAAAGAUGGAAGAGAAGCAAUACAAAAUCUGCGUGUGCAUGCCAGGCGGACGACUAUUUCGUGUUGCACUGCCACAGAAGAAUAUCGUUAAAGAUGUAUGCAGCUAUGCCAAUAUGAACAAUGACCCAUGCAUAUAAACGGAAUCUGUUUUGGAAGACACGGACGCAUUUUUCGAAACAUGUCUUUACUCUUAGCAUAUCCACAUCAAAUCAAUAUAGGAUAAUAAUAAUCAAAAAUCAAUAACAAUUCAAUUUUUUUUGUAAUGAUUUUGGUGACCAUUUAACAAUACUUAUGACCACUAAAUAUUUGUGAAAUGAAAAUAAACACAUGAACCGAUGUUAUGUGUAUCAUGUUCGUAUGAAUAUGAAACGUAGA